UACACUCCUGAGAGAAAAUACAUAUAUGCCCACGCUCAAGCUCGCUGCCCUCGCUCUCCUCGCGUCUUCGACCGCCGCUCUCAAGGUCGAGAAGCCGGUCGUGAAGCCCGUUCUGAAGCUGCGCGGCGGCGUGAGCGCGGGCGACGUCAUCACCGGCGGUGCGCUCUUCCUGUCCGCCAGCGUCGGCCUCCCGGCCCUCGCCGGCGGCUCCGACGCUCUCUUCAUGAUCAACUACCCGGGCUUCGACUGGGCCGGCUACCAGGCCAAGUGGACGGCCGAGUCGAAGUCUUACCUCGAUACCAUGACGCGCUUCUUCGGUGGCGCGCUCCUCCUCGCCGGCGCCCUGCAGUACUACGCCAAGGACGUGAUGGCCGCCAAGCCCUACUACGCCAUCCUCACCGUCACGCAGCUCGUCUUCGCCGGCCUGCAGAUCUUCUUCGCGGCGCCGACCGCGGCGAUGCCGAGCGUCCACUACGUCUACGCCGGCAUGAACGCCGUCCUCGCCGUCGCGGGCGCCAUGGCGAUGAUAUAGAGCCGCCGAGCAUCGCUCCACGCGGAGAGCGGCGAAGACGUCGCGAGCGGAAUUGAGGGCGAGGGUGUGGGUGCUCUCGUGAAUUUGACUUGUGCGAGUGGAUGUGGAGUAUUGUUACGUUCGACCCCGAGAGGCGUGGGAGUACCUCGCCAGGUAGUGUGGGUUGUCCGCGUUUUUGUUCUGAGACUUUUCUGUCUUCGC